AUGAACGCGUUUCAAGUCAGGUAUAUCGAGGUCACACCGGGACAGGACAUCUCGGCCAAAAACUGGGCAAUGCUGUCUGAUGCGACAGACGUCAACUCGCUGGAAUCCGUCUGGACAUCACAAGUCCUUUAUUCCCUCCGCUCGUCGACCAUUCAAGAGGACUUGGAGGCCUUUUCGCGACUUUCUCGACAAACGAAACGCGAUCGAGCAGCGAUCUUUCAGUCUGUGAUAGUUGAUAUCAAUCACCUACGAGCGCUCCGCCCUAUCGUGUCCCGUCAGGAGAUCGCUGUAGCGGAAGAUCAUACAGAUGAGCUGGAGAGAACUCUGCUUCGGAAACGGAAACUGGUUGAGAAUCAAGGAAGGCCAGUCAAGCGUGUCCUCGCGUCACCGCCCUCUUCAACUACAUCCAUCUCGGCCACAUCUAUAUCCACCUCCUCUUCGACUACUACCAGUACAGCCACCUCUUCCGAUAGUUCACUUAAACCAGAGACAACAGAACCAGAAUCGACGACUGGGCACCCCAUCCGCAACAAAGGUACUUCUCGACCGCCUGUGGACUCACCCAAGAUUCUCUCUUCGGGUGCCCUGUCUGCGUUUGAGAAACAAGCAGCACAGAAGGGAGAUGUUUGGACCUUGAAGACCGGGACCGUUGUGGACGAUAUUAUUGUUGAGUACACACGGAGUUCAAAGACAGAGUCAGCAGCACACUCGUUCAUCUUUGAUACGUCCAACCUUGAUCUGAUGGAACUGUUUUCGGAGGAGGAGCAGGAUGAGAUCCUUGCACCCAAGAGACCUGCACCAGAAAACGACCCCGACUUGGUCCAGUACUUGAUGACUUUCAACCACCCCACUAUGAGCAAGCUACGGACACGGCUACGCAACAACGAUGCCGACCAAGUGGACGACAACAAGGACCACCUGGUGACCGACCGACGAUGGGUAUACAAGACCGUCUUGGGGAUGGCAGAUGUCUUUGACGGAUCUCGACGGCGAUACCGACAAGUCCAAACCGAGCGAUGGUUAGAACUCCACCUGUGGCGACUGAUCGACGAGUACGUCUUUGACCAUCCAGACAUCCAGUUAGUCCGUGGAGAAUCGACAAGUAUGGCGAGCACGUUCAGGAAAAACGGUACUGGUCGAGGAGGCUCGGAGCGGAAAAAGAUGGGUCGCAGGAUCGACGGUCUCUACUUGAGCUGCCAUCAAGACAUUGAACUUGGCGGGAUCGAACUCGGUAUGGACGAACAGGACGCAGUCGGGACAAAGUAUCAAUAUGACGGACUCAAGUUACAAAAGUUGUUGAAGGAUCAAUUGGACUAUGCACUCCUCCACUCGACAGCGUCCAAGGUGGAUUUUGAGACACUAGGACUACAGCUGUCGGGGAGGACUAUGCAGGUUCUAACGAUGGACUGGGUCGGUGGCAAGUUCUACCGGUUUAGGAGAGACGACCCUGAGAAGUUACCAUUGGACGCGUCGAAUAUCUCGGAUCUUUUGGUGGUCAUGUCGACGAUUAUGAGGUUUCAUGCACGGAUGCAAGAGAAUGCUGCAAGACCUGGGUCGGUUACGUCUGAGGAGCUUUCGUCAAGGCUCUUGGGGUCAUCCCCGAGCACGCCAAAAAAGAAUCGUCAUCGACCACUCCCUACUGCGGUCAGUCCAUCAUCUAGCCAGCAAACAAGGCCAUAA